AUAUCUGCACCAACCCCCAAGUCUUACAAAUACAGACACAGAUUCACACAGAACAUUCAUAGUUAGGAAGAAAAUGGAGGUUUACAGAAGGCCCAACAGGAGUGACGUUCAUCUCUCAGCACAGGAAGAAGCUUCCUUAGAGGCCAAAACCAGAGACUACUUUGAUGGAGUCGCUCCACAACGCCACACCAAGCCUCAACGCAGUGACUAUUCAACUCAAUAUGUUGAUGCUUUUUCCAGUACCCCAAAAUCUUCUAUUCCAGAAUUCAUACACUUUCAACACCUUGAGAAUGAUCCCCAAGAGAAGAAACUGGUGUACAAAGGGAGUGAAGUAGCAGAUGAAUUUGUGGAAACAGAGUAUUACAAAGAUCUAAACAGUGUGGACAAACACCACCAUACGACUGGAACAGGAUUUAUCAAAGUAGAGAAAAGUGGAGAAAGCUUUCACAUUGAACCAGAUAAUGACACUGGUUGCCAUCAUUCUUGCAUGUGCAACCCAGCAACCAAUGAUUGGGUUCCUGCUACUUCCAUUGAGGUGGAUUUCAAUUCAGACAAACCUAACAGGAGUGAGAAUUAAAAAUCGAGUGACCAGAUGAAGAUGUUACUGUCUCAGCUUCAUUUCACUAUGCGUAUUCCACUUGAUGUUUUAGGAUGCGAACCAAGUUAAAUUAAAUAAAAGAACUUGUGAUUUGGAUGCAAGUUUAUUGUGUUUAAAAUAUGAUACUAGUUUGCAUUUCAUGUUGUAUCUGUGAUGUAUUGGAUUUAUGGUAAAAUGGUAUAAAUUGGAGAUUGUA